AUGCCUGCUAAAGUUGGAUAUGAGGAGCUUGCGACAGUGGAAACCAUCGGAGACGCGUACAUGAUUGUAUCCGGUGUUCCAAGCGAGAAUGGUAACAAUCAUGUGCAACAUAUCGCCGAUAUCGCACUGAAGAUGAGAGCGUUUGUCUCCAAUUUCAAACUGCAACACCGCCCUGACGAGGUGAUGAUGGUUCGCAUUGGGUUUCACAGCGGCAGUGUAGCUGCUGGCGUUGUUGGUUUAGCAGCUCCAAGGUGCUGUUCAAUCAUUGGCAUUUUUUUUGACAUUCUUCUCCCUGAUAGACAGUUGUCAGACCGGCAAGAAUAUCUUACCGCAAAACAUCCGGACUGGGAAAUUUGA